AUGGAGGUCACAGCUCUCUGCAUCAGACUGGAUUUAGGGUUUCCUCAGGUUGUUCCAAAUAGACAACAGCACUUUAAACACGAGCCCAUCAUUGUCAGCUGUGAAGGGUUGGCUGGAUUGAAUGGAUGGAGAGUAAUGAGAAAGAUCAAAGAAAGUCCAAUAAUAUGUGCUUCGAACUGGCAGAAAUCAACAGGGCCCUGUGAAAUUUCAACUGCCUACCCACAUGCUGACAGUGGAGAAUACUGGUGUGAAAUAGGUGGAAAGAAAAGCAAUACCAUCAACAUCACUGUCACUGCUGGUUCUGUGAUCCUGGAGAGUCCGGUUCUUCCUGUGGUGGAGGGAAAAAAUAUGACUCUGCGCUGUAGAAACAAGAAAACCUUCAAUCUCACUGCUAAGUUCUAUAAAGAUGACAACUUCAUGGGGAGCAGCUCUACGGGAGAGAUGAGCUUUCACAAUCUGUCCAAGUCUAAUGCAGGGUACUACAAAUGUAGCAUCUCUGACUUUGGUGAAUCAUCAGCGAGCUGGGUGACUGUCACAGCUCAUGAGGAGCUGCAGAAAUCCCCUCUUGUCUCUCUGCUGCUCUUCAUUGGUGUCACUGUUGGGUUGGUGGCCGUGCUGCUGUUAGUGGGACUACUUCGAUGUAAGAAACAUCAAACAAUCAUCACAGCAACAGGUAGCCCAACCUCUCCUUCCUCUGUCGAGUCAUCUUCUUUUCCACAAACAGUGUAUCAACAGGCUGAACCAGCAGCAACACAGGCUCAACCAGCAGCAACACAGGCUCAACCAGCAGCAACACAGGCUCAACCAGCAGCAACACAGGCAAUUUAUGCUUUUAUCACAAGACCCAUGAGGGAUACAGGCCCAGGAUUACCCAGCUGCUCAGCAACACAAGUUCCCACGGCAGCUACCAACCCAAAAGAGGAUUGCUACUAUCAGACAGUCAAUUACGUUAAUGUGUGACAAAUAAUAUUUUCACCUACCUGCUCAUGGUAGACAUUUUUUGUGUAAUAGUAAAGGAGAUAUGCUUAUUAUGUUUUUUCCUAUGUUUUCAUUGUUAGGAUAUUGUAUUCAUGAUGAUAAUAAAACCAUAAAAGGCCACAAAUGGAAAGAGCACAGUGACAGGAAGUAGUUACAGUUACAGUUGCCCCACCCAGAUUUCCCAUAUGUAUCUCCAGUAAACCAUCACAGACUGACUGAAGUAUCACAAUUCAAUGGAUGGAGAAUUGACUAAUGAAAAAUUAUUAUCAUUUUUUGCUGGUUACCCGGAUGAGGGUUUAUUUGACACUUAACAGCUGUUUAAUGUCAUGUUGCAUCUUCUACAUACUCCUUUACUUGUUAUACCUUGAUGAUGCAAAGAAAAUUCAAACCACUCACAAUGGCCUUGAAGUCUUAAUUACAAUAGCUGAAUCGAAAUGUUUAUGUUUGUA